GUAAAAAUUAAUAAUUUUUGAAUUUACUAUUUCCUAAUGGAAGAAGCUUUGGAAAAAUUAAAAAAUAUUAAGCAGAGGAGAUAUUCUGGAGAGGAUGAUGAAGAGAUGCAGUUUCAUGGAACUGAUAGGUAAGAAAUCUAUUUAAAACUACCUUAGAAAUGAAUAUGAUGAUUCAGAUGAUGAAAACAGAAAAAUUAAUAAAGAAAAAUCAAGCAAAUAAUAAGGAAGAAGGAGGAUAUUUAGUUCAAGAAAGAGGGGAGGAAUCUAAACAAUCUGAUAGAAGAAGCCUGACCAUCCAUGACUUCGACUUCUUAUCCACCCUUGGAACUGGUACUUUUGGAAGAGUUAGACUGGUAAAAUUCAAACAUGAUCCUAAAUGCGACCCAAUGGCUUUAAAGAUGCUUAAAUAAGACUGAAAUUAUUCGUCUUAAACAAGUAGACCAUGUCAGGAGCGAAAAGAAGAUUUUGGAAACAAUUCGUCAUCCUUUUAUUGUCCAGCUCCAGGGCACUUUCCAGACAGAAAGCCACGUGUUUAUGCUCCUUGAUUAUGCAUGUGGAGGAGAACUCUUCUCACUCUUAAGAAGAGAAGGAAGGUUUGCUAAUGAUGUUGCUCUGUUCUUUGCAACAGAAAUUGUGCUUGCUUUUGAAUAUCUCCAUUCCAAAGACAUUGCUUAUAGAGAUCUGAAGCCUGAAAAUCUACUUGUUGACAAAGACGGUCAUGUAAGAAUUACUGACUUUGGAUUUGCUAAGGUUGUCAAGGACAAAACAUUUACAUUAUGAGGAACUCCUGAGUAUCUUGCUCCAGAGAUUAUCCAAAGUAAAGGACACACCAUCUAUGUUGAUUGGUGGGCCUUGGGUGUCCUGAUCUUUGAAAUGCUUGCAGGGUAUCCUCCAUUCUACGACGAUAACCCCCUAGGCAUCUACCAGAAAAUCCUAGAUGGGUAUUAUGAAUUCCCUCCUUACGUUGAGUCUAAAGCGAGAGAUCUCAUCAAAGCUUUUCUCACUGCAGAUAAAUCCAUCAGACUAGGAUGCAACAGAGGUUCUGAAGAAGUGAAAGAGCAUAAGUGGUUCAAAGGUGUUGACUGGGAUGUAGUUAAUUCAAGAGAAAUCCCUCCUCCAUGGGUUCCAAAGAUUAGAAACAACACAGACACACAGUAUUUCGAGAAGUAUCCUGACUCAGUCGAGACUCCUUCAGUUCCAACCAAGACUCAGCAAGAUUAUUUCUCAUAUUUCUAACUUUGGUGGUCUGUUUCAAUUA